AUGGGUCCCGAUGGAUUGGGUCCUUCAAGGAUCACGGCAUAUCUGAUCUAUCUCGUUUUUGUUAUCACGCUAGGUCCGCUUCAGUUUGGUUAUCAUCUGGCUGAACUCAAUGCUCCUCAGGCAGUUAUUACGUGCGAGCGAAAGAGCAUCCAUUCCACCAGCUCGACGUGGUUCAAGAGCCUUCCGCAAUGUAUUCCUAUGAAUGCGUCCCAAUUCGGUCUCGUUUCUUCUAUAUAUACACUUGGUGGUUUACUUGGAGCCCUGCUCGCAGGACCAGUCUCUACCAAACAUGGACGUUUGUUCGCUCUGCGAGCUACCACAAUCUUCUUCAUCUUAGGUCCUAUUGCGGAGACUCUGGCGCCUGGUAUACUGAUUUUGAGUGUGGGAAGGCUGUUGAGUGGUAUAGGGGCGGGAGCUGCUAUUGUCGUGGGGCCGAUCUAUAUCUCGGAGAUUGCUCCCCCUAACGCUAGGGGGUUCUUUGGUGCCUUUACGCAGAUCAUGACCAAUGUGGGUAUCUUAUUGACGCAGACGCUCGGCUACUUCUUCAGUGAAGGGUAUAUGUGGCGAGUUAUCCUUGCGGUGGCCGCGUUGCUUGGUAUAUCGGAGCUCCUUGGUCUCCUCUUGGUGCCAGAAAGUCCGACUUGGUUGGCGGAGCAUCAACAAGCGGAUUUGGCUAGACAGGUGCUGCAGCGGAUUCGUGGGAAGGAUGCAGAUAUUGAAGAGGAAGUGAAAGGAUGGCACAGUUCCUCCCAGGGUCCUACGGCUGGUUCGGCCGAGGAGGAGUCGCUGCUCACUCCUCCCUCGGGCAACCUGCCACCCAAGCAACCCCCGGUUACCAUCAUGCGAGCUGUGACCGAUUCUUAUUACCGCCCUGCCAUCAUUGCUGUCAUUGGCGUUAUGGUGGCUCAGCAGUUCACAGGCAUCAACAGUAUCAUCAUGUACAGCGUGUCGCUGCUGCAGAGCAUCCUUCCCACGACAGCGGCUCUACUUGCCGUCCUGAUUUCGGUCAUCAACCUCGUCAUUACCCUUGCGUGCUCACCACUGCCAGAUAAGAUCGGCCGGAAGACUUGUCUCCUUCUGAGCAUCUCCGGUAUGGGAUUGAACUCUGUGCUCUUGGCAAUGGGGAUCUACUUUAACCAGAAAAUCCUAUCCGCGAUCGCGGUUCUGCUCUUCGUUGCCAGCUUUGCGGUCGGUUUGGGUCCCGUACCGUUCAUUCUGGCCUCGGAGCUAGUGGGCCCCGAGGCUGUGGGCGCGACGCAGAGCUGGGCUUUAGCCGCCAACUGGACGGCCACCUUCCUCGUUGCUCAAUUCUUCCCUGUGCUCAACAGCGCAUUAGGCGGUCGUGGCAAGAUCUAUUGGAUAUUCGCGGUGCUGGCCUGCGUUCUUGGCGGGUUCAUCUAUCGAUGGGUGCCCGAAACCAAGGGCAAGGCCAAUGCCAACGAGGUUUGGGACAGGGAGGAUCCGAGGCGAAUUGAUUGA